AUUCUACAGCCUCAGCCUCCCGAGUAGCUGGGGCUACAGGCGUGCACCACCUACGCCCAGCUAAUUUAUUUGUAUUUUUAGUAGACGGGGUUUCACCGUGUUUAGCCAGGAUGGUCUCGAUCUCCUGACCUCGUGAUCCGCCCGCCUCGGCCUCCGCCUCGGCCUCCCAAAGUGCUGGGAUUACAGGCGUAAGCCACCGCGCCCGGCCGCAAGGGGGGAUGUUAUUAAUCACUACUCCAGGACGACAGAGGGAAAAUGGCCUUGUACUGGACAAACUGGAAUAUCUGAUCAACCUUUAUAAAGUGCAUGGAGUGGGAGGAGGAAUGGGGACUUUUUAAUUGUAUUUCUAAAAAGUAUCGUCUGUGGUGAAUCAGAAACAAAACUCGUUCUUUACCACAGGCAGUUUAAGCGCUGCCUGAAAGAUCUAAGGACGGUAAACCACAGACAUGAGACAUGGAACUUUGCGAAAACGCAGUCGUUUUAUGUACCGGGUACUUAUUGGAGUUACACUAGAGACUCACUCCUGGAGUUCAUCAGCCAAUCCAAAGUCCGAGCGUGAGAGCCAGAGACUGUAGGAGAGGGCUGGGCAGGCCUCAGACCUGAGGAGUGGAGCCCCGCAUCACUCAACCCUGAGGGCGGAGCUAGCCCAGGCUCCCACACCCGACGCUCUGGCCCACACAGACGGUACUCUGUAGCAUCUCAGGUUCCCUCUGGCUGCACUCUGGAGGACCACACUCGUUUUCUUUUUGGCUGCCAGAGGCCCCGCAUCCACCGCUGAGCUGGGAGAAAGAUGGCGGCAGCCGUGCGACAGGAUUUGGCCCAGCUCAUGAAUUCGAGCGGCUCUCAUAAAGAUCUGGCUGGCAAGUAUCGUCAGAUCCUGGAAAAAGCCAUUCAGUUAUCUGGAGCAGAACAACUAGAAGCUUUGAAAGCUUUUGUGGAAGCAAUGGUAAAUGAGAAUGUCAGUCUUGUGAUCUCGCGGCAGUUGCUGACUGAUUUUUGCACACAUCUCCCUAACUUGCCUGAUAGCACAGCCAAAGAAAUCUAUCACUUCACCUUGGAAAAGAUCCAGCCUAGAGUCAUUUCAUUUGAGGAGCAGGUUGCUUCCAUAAGACAGCAUCUUGCAUCUAUAUAUGAGAAAGAAGAAGAUUGGAGAAAUGCAGCCCAAGUGUUGGUGGGAAUUCCUUUGGAAACAGGACAAAAACAGUACAAUGUAGAUUAUAAACUGGAGACUUACUUGAAGAUUGCUAGGCUAUAUCUGGAGGAUGAUGAUCCAGUCCAGGCGGAGGCUUACAUAAAUAGAGCAUCGUUGCUUCAGAAUGAAUCAACCAAUGAACAAUUACAGAUACAUUAUAAGGUAUGCUAUGCACGUGUUCUUGAUUAUAGAAGAAAAUUCAUUGAAGCUGCACAAAGGUACAAUGAACUCUCUUACAAGACAAUAGUCCACGAAAGUGAAAGACUAGAGGCCUUAAAACAUGCUUUGCACUGUACGAUCUUAGCAUCAGCAGGACAGCAGCGUUCUCGGAUGCUAGCUACUCUUUUUAAGGAUGAAAGGUGCCAGCAACUUGCUGCCUAUGGGAUCCUAGAGAAAAUGUACCUAGAUAGGAUCAUCAGAGGAAAUCAGCUUCAGGAAUUUGCCGCCAUGCUGAUGCCUCACCAAAAAGCAACUACAGCUGAUGGUUCCAGCAUCUUGGACAGAGCUGUUAUUGAACACAAUUUGUUGUCUGCAAGCAAAUUAUAUAAUAAUAUUACCUUUGAAGAACUUGGAGCUCUUUUAGAGAUCCCUGCAGCUAAGCACGAGAAGCCCUGCCAACGUGGGACAAGCAGAUCCAAUCACUUUGUUUCCAAGUGAAUAACCUUUUGGAGAAAAUUAGUCAAACAGCACCAGAAUGGACAGCACAAGCCAUGGAAGCCCAGAUGGCUCAAUGAAUCCUUGCAGAACUUCUGUGCACAUGACAUCUUUUUCCAUGUUGUGCAGAUCAGUUUCACUAUCUCCAAAGCAUUUGCAUCAUGACCUUAUACAUUUCAAUCCCUUUUAUGCUGGAUUCCGUUUAAAGAAGACAUUAUUAGAGCAGGAAGUACAAGCAUUUAAAAAUAUGUAGUUCCCGUAUAUUUCAGGUUCUCUGUGUAUUAAGCUAACUCAGAUGUUUUGAAAGCUUUUUCUUUAAACAGAGGUGAAAUAUCUGUGGCUAAAAAGUUUGAGAUUUGUGAUAACUUUGUAGUCAUGUAAAACUUAAGUGCUUCAUGCCUCUCCAAAUGUGGUUAUUCAAUAAAUGGAGAAAUGAGCCAAAUAAAAGUAGUACUUUGUUUUUAGUUA